AUGUCGAACCGCUACUCCGUCUUCUCUACCCAGUCCGCCGGGUUCUCGGCUGGGCCUCGGCCAGUUUCUCAACAUGCUUCACAAGUCUCAACCACCACAUUACUCAAUGCUCUUCACUCGUUCUAUACCGCCGGUCAGCCAUAUCAGCUAGAUGCGAGCACUAGCUUAGUUGUCAACACUUGGCUGACAGCCGCAACUAUCUUACCUGAUGGUCGUAGUGGUGCGACGAUUGACCGGGAUUUGGCUAUUCGAGCUUGGGAACAUGCCCGGAGACGAGCUGAAGAUGGAUGUAUCCUUCUUUGCUCUCUCCACCAAUCUACACCUUCAUUGCUAGAACCUUUCCUGACAGCGCUGCCGCUUUCUACCCCGGAAGUUGGGUAUACAGCGUUGGCCGCCUUACGACCCUUCCUUGCGGCAGCAACCUCAUUCAACCCAUCGUAUUCACUGCAUUCAGCACUCUCAGUAUCCUACACAUUGACCCUCGGAGGCACAGUGGUCGGGCUAUCUCUGGCUCUGUCAACAUCCGGUAUCAAUGUGAACAAGGGUCUUCUGGAAAUACCGGCAGAGGCGGGCUACCGUGCAUUUGACGUAUUUUACUAUCUUCUGACUUCCGCGUCUACUCCUGCUGAACGGGAGUUCCUGGACCUAAAAGAGCCUGCAUCGUAUGCUCUGCUGAAUCGAUCCGGAACCUACACACCUCCAUCAUAUCUACCCACCGCGGAUGACACAGCAGCGGCAGAGGAUCUUCGAGCCAAUUUGAAGGCCAUUGGUAUCAAGGGUGCCACUCAGAGACAUCUGCUUUCUGUUCUUGCGGGUUUACUGAAACUCGGAAAUGCUGCAGGGCUCAUGGUGGAUCAAGAAGACCUGGAAGAAACCUGCGAAGAAGUGGGUGGCCUGCUGGGGAUUGACCCUGAGGUUCUUUUGCACAAAUGCUCCACCGACGAACGUGAGAUCCUAAUCGCGGGCAUCUACGAAGCCCUCGUGGACUGGAUCAUUGCGAAAGCAAACGACGCCAUCUCAGUCGAUAUCGAGAACAUCCUAGAGAAUGACUCUAGUGCCGGUGGUCCCAGCGCCGCCCAGCUGGCUAACGAAGACACUGUCAGCCUGACUGUAAUCGAUGUUCCACGCCCAGCUCUCGGAAAAGCGAUCAGUAUGAGAGGUGUUUUUGACGAUGACCUGGGUAUUAAUGCUGAAAUGAAAGACGAUGGCAUUACCAUCCCACCUACCGGCCAAUCUGUCAUGACCGAAAUGCACUCAGCUGUGUCACAAGUGGAGGCAGAUCUUGGUAUCGCAGGAACAUCUGCGCGUGAACGUGAGCAUGACCUUGACAGACGACAGGGUGUCCUGGAGAAAGUAGGAGUGGAGUCGGAGGCAGAUUCUUUCCUGCGAAAAUUGCUCUUCCCGGUCGAUGGUGAAGGCAUUUCCUUGGGUAAACGGGGCCGCUUCGACCUUGCAACGACUCUUUUGAGCAGCCGUGUUUGGUAUCAUCUCUCCAUUCAUCCCACCGAUGAUCUCCCCGAGCAGCUGAAUGGCUCAAACCCUGCCUGGUCAGCCGGUACAGUGUCUCGACAGCUACGUGAUUGGCGACUUCCUGAAUGGGCAAAUCGUCGCCUAAAGCAGCUGGAUUUCACCGCGGAUUUCGAUGUUGAAGAGUUCGUCAAUCGAUAUGCCCGACUUGGAUGUGCCGAAGGCCAGGACGGCGUUGAAAAUUGGAUUCUCGAGAGAGGGUGGAGCAACGGUGAAGCGGUUGUGGGACAUCAACGCAUUUGGAUGCGAGAAGGGGCAUGGCGCGAAGCUGAAACCAUGCUCGAUCUUAAGCCAGACGAGAGCCCUAUGAACCCCUUCGGAUAUGGCGCUGCGUUAUAUGAACCAGGCCUUACUCCCGAUGGAAACCCUGUCGGGGAAUCGUCUAACCUCCUUGGAGGCCAGCAUGAUUAUAUCUUGAACCAGUCUGCUAUGGUUCCCCCAAGUGUCAUGGGAGGCGCCAAGUCUAUUGCCCCAACCUAUGGUGGUGGUGGCGGUGACUAUGGUCUCGGUCACAAGGGCGACGAUAACAAGGGAGAUGUUGCGUACUAUGAUGACUAUGGUCGUUACAUCGGUGAUCUUGAUGCUGAAUUUGGAGAUCCCAAGCACAUCGAGAAAAAGAAGAUUCCGUUUAGCCGUCGGCUCUGGGCAGGAUUUGUAUGGGCAAUGACUUUCUGGAUUCCCUCCUUCGUUCUCCGAUAUAUUGGUCGCAUGAGGCGCCCAGACGUUCGGAUGGCAUGGAGAGAAAAAGUCGUCCUAGUCUUCCUCAUUCUACUUUUCAACGGCAUUGUCUGCUUCUACAUUAUUGCGUUUGGUGAUCUUCUUUGCCCUAACAAGGACAAGGUGUGGAAUAACAAAGAAGUCAGCUGGCAUACCGGAGAUGACAAUUUCUUUGUUAGCAUCCAUGGUCGAGUCUACGAUAUCAGCAAGUUCUGGCGUAAGCAGCAUAGCGACGAUGGCACUGAGACGACCUCGACGAAUAUGAAGGUUUUCGCGGGCUUGAAUUUGGAUGCUUAUUUCCCUCCGCCGCUCACCCAAUUCUGCAAUCCCUUCGUGACCGAUACGUCACUUGCGCUACAGAACAACGAUACAACCGCGCUUUUAUACACGGAUGCCGACCACGAUUGUGGUCCUACCAACUAUCCAUCAAACACGACCAAACUACACAAGAUCACCUGGUAUGAGGACGUCUUUUUGCCAAAGAUCGCCGAAUAUUACAAGGGUGAGCUUGUCUGGACUAAGUCGACCAUAGAGAAGCAAGCCAACGACUAUUCACGAUAUUGGGUAAUUGUAAAUCAAAAGGUUUAUGAUUUGACGAAUUACUUCUACACCGUCGAUUUGUAUUCGUCCAACACCGAUUAUGAAUUUUUGCCAGAUGCCCUUACCACACUGGUCAAAAAUAAUGCUGGAACCGAUGUGACAGACAAAUGGGGGACUAGCAAAGAGUGGCAGGAAGCUACGAGGUGCCUCGACUAUGUCUUCUACCAGGGCAAGGUCGACUUCCGAGAAAGUGCUCGGUGUACUGUGAACAACUGGAUUCUUCUUUCUUUCACCGUUCUCAUCUGUGCCGUGGUCCUCGUGAAAUUCUUAGCUGCUCUGCAGCUGGGUUCCAAGCGACGACCGGCACCUCAAGAUAAGUUUGUCAUUUGCUUGGUACCCGCCUACACCGAAGGGGAGGACUCUUUGCGAAAGGGACUGGAUUCCUUGACGGCCUUGCAGUAUGACAACAAAAGAAAGCUCAUCUUCGUGAUCUGUGAUGGUAUGAUUGUUGGUGGCGGAAACGACCGACCGACGCCCAAAAUUGUUCUGGAUAUUCUUGGCGUGGACCCGAAACUAGAUCCCCCUGCCCUGCCGUUCAGAUCCGUCGGGCAAGGCAGCGACCAGUUGAAUUAUGCCAAGGUCUAUUCUGGUCUGUACGAGUUCGAAGGCAAUGUUGUUCCCUACAUUGUGGUGGUUAAGGUUGGCAAGGAGUCUGAGCAGACGAAGACCAAGCCUGGUAACCGAGGAAAACGAGAUUCACAGGUCCUCUUGAUGCACUUCUUGAACCGCGUGCAUCAUCGCGCUCCGAUGUCUCCCAUGGAACUGGAAAUCUUUCACCAGAUCAAUAAUAUCAUCGGUGUGGAUCCCGAACUAUAUGAGUAUUGCUUUAUGGUCGACGCCGAUACCAGUGUCAAAGAAGAUUCAUUGAAUCGCUUGGUGGCCGCUUGCGCAUCAGAUGCUAAGAUUGCUGGUAUCUGUGGUGAAACUAGCUUGCAAAAUGAGGAGCGAAGUUGGUGGACGAUGAUUCAAGUCUACGAAUACUACAUCUCGCAUCAUUUGUCCAAGUCAUUCGAAUCGUUGUUUGGCAGUGUGACUUGUCUUCCCGGAUGUUUCACUAUGUAUCGACUUCGUACCGCAGACAAGGGUCGCCCUCUGAUUAUAUCCGACAAAGUGAUCAAAGAGUAUGCUGACAUCGAUAUUGAUACACUCCACAAGAAGAACCUGUUAUCACUGGGCGAGGAUCGUUUCCUGACAACUAUCAUGACCAAACACUUCCCAACAAUGAGUUACAAGUUCCUUCCCGGUGCGUACGCAAGUACAGCUGCCCCGGAGACUUGGGGUGUUCUUGUCUCACAAAGACGUCGUUGGAUCAAUUCCACCAUCCACAACCUGGUGGAACUUGCUGCCCUCGAGGAUCUCUGUGGCUUCUGCUGUUUUAGUAUGCGUUUCGUCGUCCUGGUGGAUCUGCUGGGAACAAUCAUUCUUCCUGCAACAUGCGUCUACCUCGUGUACCUGGUCUAUCUCGUCGCCAGUGGCAAUGGUCCAUUCCCGUUGAUCUCGAUUAUCAUGUUGGCUGGUAUUUACGGCCUUCAAGCCAUCAUCUUUAUCGUCAAACGCCAAUGGCAACACAUCGGAUGGAUGAUCAUCUAUCUUCUCGCAUUCCCGAUCUUCAGUUUCGUGCUGCCUCUCUACUCAUUCUGGAAACAGGAUGAUUUCACAUGGGGUAGCACCCGUGUGGUCAUUGGUGAGAAGGGCGACAAUCGUGUCAUCGCCGUGGAGGAUGAAGCAUUCGACCCUCGUAGCAUUCCCCUGCAACGUUGGGAUGACUAUGCAUUGGCCAACAACCUCCCUGGUCGACGUGCAGAGCUUGGCUCGGAGAAGGUCUAUGCUACUGGUCAAUAUGUAGAUGACAUGGAGAUGGAUGAGAUGCACUCGCAGUACUCAUCCGUCAAGCCUGCCUCCACAAUUCUCACUGGUUUCCCGGGUCAUGGUCGCAACACUGGUCCGUACAUGCCACCUCAGUCGCCGGCUCCAUAUGUCGGUGGCAACGUGCCUGGCAACCGGAACUCGCACAUGUCUAAUUUCUCCCGCUACACCGAUUACCCCCAACUGGGCGGUCAUCCCGCCGCUGCGUCCCGUCAUAUGUCCAUUGGCAACCUUAGUGCCUACCAAGAAAACCAAGCCAAUGCCAGUCGGCACAGUGUUGCCUUUAUGCAGAGCAGUGAUAACCUGGCGCGGUCACGCAGCCCCAUGGGCCAAUACCCCCCACGCCCAGCCAGCACUGCCUUCGAUUUCCGUAGCAGCGGUACUGGACCCGAUGAGGCCUCCAUCACUGAAGCUAUCCGGGGAUGUCUCGCGGAGGUGGAUCUCGACACGGUCACCAAGAAGCAGGUCCGCGUUCUCGUUGAACAACGCCUACAAACCACGCUCUCAGGCGAGAAGCGCGUAUUCUUGGAUCAGCAGAUUGACCACGAACUCGCCAACAUGUGA